GAUCUCAUGCGCCUCUAUCACUUGAAUGAAGCAAACAUUCUCCGUGGGCUGGCUCUCCGCUUCUUCAAGGAUCAAGUGUACACAUAUGCAGGUCCCAUACUUGUGGCGGUCAAUCCAUGGCAUGAGCUUUCUAUCUACGAUCAUCAACACUCCUUCCGCUACAACGAUGCCGAGGAAGCAAGAAAACUGCCUCCACACGUGUUCUCCUUGGCCGAAGUUGCCUUCCGCGACAUGGUUGGAAAUCUCUCUCCUCAGAGCAUCCUUGUGAGUGGUGAGAGUGGCUCAGGCAAGACUGAGACCUGCAAGUAUCUUAUGCAGCAGUUUGCCGUUCUCUCCUCCUCUCAUCACGACCAGGUCUCUCCUAAUUCGGUGCAUGCGAUCGAGCGGCAGGUGCUCGAGUCAAAUCCCAUCCUUGAGGCCUUUGGUAAUGCUAAGACACUGAGGAACGAUAAUUCUUCCAGAUUCGGCAAGUUUAUUGAACUCUACUUCGAGACCAGCCCUCAGGACAUCCAAGGAAAUAGUUCGAGCGAGACAACGCUUGCGUCCCGCUGCUACCUUGGAGGUGGAGCGAUCUUUACAUAUUUGCUGGAGGUACCACGUUUUGUGAAGGUCAGCCAUAGCGAGCGGAACUAUCACUUUCUUUACCAGCUUUGCGCUGCGGCACAGCAACUUGAAGAAGGGAAACAGGGACAAAGGGGAGGCAGAGGCUCAGCUGCAGAGUUUCUGACGGACCCUUCUGUACGCGCUUCUCUGUGCUUGGGAGGUGGAGCAGGAGAUUUCAAUCUGACCGCAAUGGGAGGCUGCCUGCAGCUUGAAGGCAUGGACGAUGUUGAGGGCUUCUACCGGACAAUGCGUGCUAUGUCCUUCAUAGGAAUAUCAGCUGGAGACCAGCUAGGGCUUCUCCAAACGGUAGCUGGUCUACUGCACGUUAGUAACAUCCAGCUGCACGCGUGGAAACCCAACGAAUCGCCGGCAUCUUCUAGAUCAGGAGCCGCAAACUACAGCGGGGAAGACGUUGCUCGUCUGCAAGGCGAAGACGCGUCGCUCUCGCAUGCUGCACGAUUACUUCAGUGCGACGAGGAUUCUCUGCGGCAGGCACUCUGCUCAAGAAUGGUUCGAGCGCGAGAGGAAACAGUCAAAGUUCCAAAUACGCAGGAACAGGCGCUGCGCUCGCGAGACUCGUUGUGCAAAUGGAUCUAUGGGAAGCUGUUUUUAUGGCUGGUGGACCGUGUCAACGAGACGCUGCUAAAGGAAAAGAGGGAGAGGAAAGAGGGGAAGGAACAAAACUUGCAGAUCAACAUUCUUGACAUCUUUGGGUUUGAAUACUUUGAGAGAAACAGUUUUGAGCAACUUUGCAUCAACUAUGCGAAUGAACGCUUACAAAGCUACUUCAACUCCACGAUGAUCAAGGUGGAGCAAGAAGAGUACGAGAAGGAGGAGAUUCCCUGGACUCACAUCGACUUUAAUGACAACCUGCUUUGCGUCUCUCUCAUAGAGUCCCGCUCGUCUGGUAUCAUUGCCAUCCUCGACGAGGAGGGUCGAGUCCCGCGAGGAAGCGAUGAAGGGUUCAUGCGGAAAGUGCGGGAGAUAUCGUCGCCUCACCUUCGCCUUCCCAUCACUCGCGAUGAUGUCUUUAUCAUCCAACACUAUGCAGGCGAAGUGAGCUACGAAAGCUGCGGCUUUCUUGAGAAGAAUAGGGACGUUCUUCUCCCGGACAUUCGCGAGCUUCUUCGUGCCUCCUCAUCUUCCAUCAUCCUCGAGCUGUUUGACACCGAGCUUCGAGCUGGAAACGAACGGAGUGGUGCCAUUACAGUGGCUUCUCAUUUCAGGCGUCAGCUAGGAAAUCUUGUCGGCUUGAUCAGCAAGAGCAGGACUCACUUCAUCCGCUGCAUCAACCCGACAGAAGAAAAGAAGCCAAGCAAGUUUGAGGAGAGACAUGUAAGAGAGCAACUUCGAUGCAGCGGAUUGAUCGAAGCUACGAGGCUCAUUCGUGUGUCCUUUCCCAUUCGU